AUCUCAUUUUAUUUGAUUCGAUGAAAACAAAUUUGUUUUUGGUUAUGAUCAUCAACAAUUAAUGACAAUGUUAUCACGACAAUUCAAUCGUUUCAUCAAUUGUCAUAGUGGUUUAAAAAUAGUUGAACAAUCAUCCAUCAUUAAACCAUGUCAACAAUUCGAUUCUCGACGAUGGCCAUUGAUUCAAAUGCCGUCCAAUCGUUCGCAUCAUACAUUGAUGAUUGCUAAUUCAAAGUGCGUUUCAAGAUCAACGAUAAAUCUAGUCCAAAAAAGAUCAAUGUUCAUACAGGUAGAAGAGACGCCGAAUCCGAAUAGUUUGAAAUUCUUUCCUGGUCGACAGAUUCUUGAAAGUGGUACGACUAUAGAUUUUCCUACACCAAUUUCAGCUUUGAAACGUUCACCAUUAGCUGAAGCUAUAUUCAAAAUCGAUGGGGUUGGAUCUGUGUUUUUCGGCACGGAUUAUAUAACCGUCACUAAAAUUGAUGAUGAUAAUGAAUGGAAAAUAAUGAAACCAGAAAUUUUUGCUGCUAUUAUGGAUUUUUUCUCUACAAAUUUACCGAUUUUAAGGGAAGGUGUGGAAAAAGAUUUGAAUCAACAACAACAACCUAUAACGACAACAUCGACCGAUAAUGAUGAAACCGUUGCAAUGAUUUUGGAAUUGAUUGAUACACGAAUCAGGCCAACAGUGCAGGAAGAUGGUGGUGAUAUUAAAUUCAUGGGUUUUGAAAACGGUAUCGUUCGACUAAAACUUCAAGGUGCUUGUACAUCAUGUCCAUCAUCGGUAGUGACAUUGAAAAAUGGCAUCCAGAAUAUGUUACAAUUCUAUAUUCCUGAAGUCAUGUCUGUUGAACAGGUUAUGGAUGAAACUGAACGUAUUAAUCAGGAAGAAUUUGAAAAAUUCGAAACAAAAUUGUCGCCUGAUUGAUUGAUUGAUUAUGUUGUUGUUAAUUUCAUUCAA